GGAAGUCGAAUUAAACGCGUCAUGACUGAUGAAUGAUAUCGAGAACUCAAAGGGAUUGAAACCAAACUUGUUAGUUGAUGAAUGGGAUUGAUAAAAUGAUUUUCAGUCUAAUUCGAAUUCUAAUGCUGACUAGACUGAUUGAUAGUAAUACUAGCUAGUUCCAGAACUAGACCAUCUUAACGAAACUACUACUCUUCAUUUCUUUACUGUUUGCUUGAACCCAUCUACAUAAUUUCAUCUUCAUCUUCAUCAUCAUCAUUUAUUAUUAUUCUUAUUAACUUCAUUUGUAGCACUUUUCACUCAAAACAUUCACUAAUCUCAAUUUCUUCAUUCCACUUGUAACCUUCAACUCAUCAAGACUACAUUCAAUCACAAUCAAAUGGCUACCAACCAAUCACUUUCAGAUCAUCAAUCAUCAUCAUCACCAUUCAUCAAACAACAAGAUUGCGUACCACAUCGAUCAAACAAAAGAAAGUUUAUUGGUAAAGAAGCUCCAUUAAUCAUUGGUGAUUAUCUUAUUUGGCUUUCUCCUUCAAUUCAACUCACCGAAUCGGAGAAAGGAUCAUUAAAACCUUCUCACACAAUCGAACCUAUCAAUAAACUUCAAAAUCAAACUUCAUCACCUCAUAUCAAAUGGAAUCAAAGCUUAGCCUUUCCUUCAAGUCGAUUAGAUAUCUUCAAUACACCUGUCACAAAACCUAUCAAAUCAAUCACAACAGUUCCUACUAGAAGACCAUCAGUCUUAUCACUUCGUAGUUUGAAAAGUAACCAUUUACCUUCUAAUACCAUCAAAACUUGGUCUGGUUCACAUUUCGAAAUUGGUGCGGAUCUCGAAGAAGUCUUGAAGCAAGCAUCCUUAUCAUCAAAUCAUCAUGAUCAAGUACAAAAAACUCAAACCCAACGAAGGAGAUCUUGUAGCUCAGCACCUUCUAAAAACAAACACUCAAUCUCAACUGGAGUGCCUCAGAGACCCAACGGUCUUCGCCGUUGUAGUUCUGGUCCUUUUAUAUCCGACAGAUGGGAUAUACCCAACUCGCCACUCGGAUCACCAUCAUACCCUCCCGGUCAGCUCUCAUCACCUUCGCAAACUGAUCCUCCUACCUCAUCUGGCGAUUCUCAUUCCGCACCACUAGCACAACCCGUCCCAUCUCCUUCAAGCGAACCAAUUCCCAACAUUCAAGAAUGUGGACUCAACCACAAUGCUCCCACCUCAUUGGAUGCAAACCCAACCAAGCCCAUGGUACAAGUCGCGAUAGAUCAUAUGGGGCCUACUCAAUCCAAACCUCUUCUUAAGAAACCUUUAGUCGAAUCUGUCCUUGAAGCUCAUAUGCUAGUCAAGUUUCAAUGGACAAACAAACACCCCCACCGUUUAUCACUUGAACCUACAUCACGAAUCUCAGUAGCGGAAGAACGAUUUAAACCAUUUAAAGUAGUCCUCAAUGAACGUUGUUUAGAAUUAUAUGAAUAUUCAAAAGGGGUUUUUAAAAAUCGGGAAUAUUCUUGGAAACUAGUUCAUUCAAUCUUACUCAUCGGUAGUGAUACACGUUUCUCUAGACCAUUUUCAUCUGAUUUGGCUUUUUGUUUGACAGUGAAUUUGAAUUAUAAUUCAUUACGAACCCAUCAUCCAUCUCAACCGAAAGAAAAACCUACAGGUUCAUUUUUGUCUUCACCGAUUUGGUCAAAACUUUCAAAUUUAACCCAUCAUGAUCAAGCCACCAGAAAACCACGUGUAACCCAUUUACAUCAAAGAUCACCUCAUCAACUUGCCAAGUUUAUCUUUAUACCUUCAUCUAAAUCGAUUGGUGAGAUCAUGUCAUAUGAAUUAUGGAAAAGACUGGGUGGGAAAUUACCACGUCAAGUUUUAGUGGAUACCAUUGGAUUAUCAUCAUAUGUACAAGUUCCGAUCAUUCGAUCAUUAAAAGCAAAACCCAUGUAUUUAUCGGAUUAUGAAUUGAGAGAAGCUACGAUGAAAUGUUUGAAUUCGAAUGAAGAUUAUGCAGAGAUGUAUUCAAGAUUUCAUUCUAAAGGUAGAGAUGUUCGAUUGGCUUGGAGAAGAAAAGAUCGAUUGGAUUGGAUCUCGCCGGUUCCUCAUCAUAUCUUUACUGGAAAUUUGCCCAUUGAACAAUUACAAAUUGAUAAUGCGAUGAGAGGUUUCUCAGUACAAUCGACAAAAGAGAGUGCAGUACUUGAACUCCGACCAGCUUUACAUUAUCCGAAUUUUGUGACCCUUUCAGAUGGAAGUUUACGAGAAGAACCAUCAGGAUUAGAAGGAUUUGUAACAUACUUUAAAGCGGGUGGUAAGACAGGUAAAAGGGUUUAUCUUUCGACGUUUGAUGGAAUGUUAUUUAUCUGUAAAGCAUCUUUGGCCAUCUUACCUAAAGCACCUGUCUCUGAUGACGAAAGAGAAAGAUUGAUGAAGGUUUUCCAACCUCAUCUUCCUUCGUCUCAAACCGGUUUAUGGUCUACUAAUCUUACCCCAACUUGUUCGAGUCAUCCGGCUAGUCCGACCAUAGCCAAUCCCACUUCACCUACCCAAAAUGAACCCAACACUUUGAAGAAACAAGAUUUGAAUCUUAAUGUGGUGGAAGAGAUUUCAAGUUCGAAUGAAAGCCAUGAACGAUUUCCGAGUACGAAACCUUUGGAAAGCUUAUUGACGCGAUUUUAUUCAGAUGAAUUGAACCGACAAAAAGAAUUAGUCAAGAAUUCGUAUAAAUUCAUUGAUAUGAAAGAAAUCAAAUCGAUUCAAAGAAGUGAUACGAUUUUGAGUACGCAACGAAACCCAUUUAAACCUAAGAAGAAGAAAAAAUCACUGGUUGAAGAAGAAGUCUUACCGGGUUUUCGAAUCGAAUUGAGUGAAGGAAAUUGGAUAGAUUUGAUCACCUUGAAUGAAAUCGAAACUGAUCAAUGGAUUCAACAUUUAAAUGAACUUUCGACUUAUUGGAACUCACGAAUUCAAGAGAAUGCUAAGAUUGAAAUGUUAGCGAUGAAUGGGACUUUGAAACCUUUGUUGAAAGAUAGAGAUGAGGUUGGAUCGUUUGAUGAUAGUAACUUACGUAGAUGUUGUUCAGAAGAACUUCAAACUUCGUUACUUUCUUCUUUGUAUCAUUGGUGUAUCGUAGAAGGAUGUCGAACGAUUACUCGUAGUGGAAAACUUCACAAGAAAUCAUACAAAGGUAACACAUGGGAUACAAGAGAGAUGAUCUUAUCAGGAGGUAAUCUGAUUGAAUAUUCAAUGGAAUCUAAAUCCUUUGAUCAUCCUCAUCAUCAUUACUUUCAUCAUCAAUCAAAGCUUAAUCAAAAACUUUAUUCAUUCGAUCUUCGCUUGAGUUUUGUUUGUACAGCUGAAGCCGCUCAAGACCAAAUCCCUCAUGGACAGAUUAUUCCGGGAUUGUAUUCUGAUGGGUUACAUACCAAUGAUUCCUUGAGUCAAUGUAUUUUGAUCUUGUGGAUCGAUUCUCAAGAUUUGAAAACUCAGACUCAAACUAAUUCGAAUCCGAAUCCGAAUCUGAAUCUGACUUUGAAGCAGAAUCAAAAGCAGAAGUGUGAACAGAGAGGAUCUAGGCAGUCUAUUAGGGUUUAUAAGGCUAGGAAUCAAUUAGAGAGAGAUUUAUGGAUUUAUGCGAUCCGAUUCGAAAUUGAAAGGUCUAUGAGAAUGAAACAGUCAAAACCAUGA